CAAGCAGUUGGAGGAGCGGCGGCCAAAGAAGCGCCGAGCGUCGGCGGCGCCACACGACGGCAUGUGGAGCUGCAUGCCGCGCCUCUGCCGCGUCCUUUGACGCCUGGCAAGCGUGCAGCCAGCUGGGCGGUGGUAGUCCGGGCCGGGAAGUAGCCGAUGGGCGACAUAUGCUACCUGUUUGUGGAGCUCUUACUCUGGAUAACUCGUCCGUCACACCGCCCCGACUUCUGUAUCUUGUGCACGGGAGGAAAUGAAGUGUGUCGUGGCUGACAAACUCCGGCUGAGAGAGUUGUGAUGAUGCGGUCACUCACGGACCUCGAGAUCGCCCUUCUCACACUUCAGUAGCCUGAUAAACUGUGGAAGUCCCUGAGUCUCAACUAACUCACAGAUGUGGCCACACGUUGGUGUCAUUUUCUUGUUUAAAUUAAGGAGGUAGACGGCAAGACUUAGACCCAACAUGGCUUUAGAACAAAUUCUGUGGCAGUAGGUUGUCAUUUCAGUUGCAAUGUGGUGCAACAUAUGACUGGCCUCGUGCGGGAGUGACGCAAUACUUGUAAGCAACUGACUCAAAUGUGACUUAAUAACAAAGGAUGUGAAGGUUGUGACCUGUUGUGAGCGCCACACCGACUGUUGUUAUUGUGAGGUCCGGACAUCGCCUGACAUUGUUACCUGAUGUGACGUGUGAGACAACACCUGACAGCGUGAGGCCAGUGACAACACCUGGCAGCAUCCCCAUGUCAGUGAGGAGGACCACCAGCUGCUGUAACAGGGAGGAAACACCACAGCGGCCAAGUGGAGACAACUCGCGGCCCCUGACCGAGCCCGUAGCUGAGUCGUAGGCGCACAGAGCAUUUGUCUCCCCUUGUUGCUGCUGAUAUGUCAAAGACGCUGACGUUGGCCAACAUGAACAAGGGAGGGCGAGCGGCCAUCGCCCGGAGCAAGAGCAUCGACCAGCAGCUGGACGAGGAACGCGAGCGACGUCAGAAGGAGGUGCAGCUGCUGAUGCUGGGUGGAGCAGGGGCUGGAAAGAGCACCUUCAUCAAACAGCUGCGACUGCAUUACGGGAACCAUUUCCCAGAAGCCAUCUGCCACCAGUGGGUGCCUCAGGUGCUGCACAACCUGACUGGAGCUCUGCACGUGGUGCUGGAGCAGAUGGAGGUGCUGAACAUUCAGUUCGACAACCACCUCAACAAGCAGCUGGCGGUGGAGUUCCAGGACAAGUUCCCGCGCAUGUCCAUGGAGGCGCUGGUGCUGCGCUUCACGGAGGAAGACGAGAGCGCGGAGCGCACGUCACCUACCACCUGCCGUGCGGACGUCACGCGACGCAUGACGUUCCUGGACAAGCUGCAGCUGCAAGCACCUGACGUGGCCGUGCUGCAGCAGCUGUGGACGGACCUGGGCGUGCAGUGCUGCUAUGCUCGGCGACAGAAGUUUCAGCGACACGCUCUGUCCCGCACGCACGAGUACUUCUUGGAUCAGGCGGACCGCCUUCUGACGGCGGACUACGUGCCCACAGUGCAGGACAUCCUGUAUGUCCACUGGCCCACCCUGGGUGUGCAGGAGCAUGCCAUUGCCAUGGACAGCAUGCAGUUCAAGAUGAUUGAUGUCGCUGGACAAAAAAGUUUGCGGAAGAAGUGGAUCCAUUUCUUCGAGGGCGUCACUGCAGUCAUCUUCUUCGCCUCUCUGUGUGGCUUCGAUGAAGCUUUAGAAGAAGACCCAGCUACAAAUAUGCUUCAGGACAGCCUUCAGACUUUCCACGAAGUAUCACACAGCCACUUUCUUGAAAAGACCGACAUUAUUCUGUUUUUAAACAAGAAGGACAUCUUCUUGGACCGCAUCAAGACUGUCAGCCUGGCCACGUGCUUUCCGUCUUACAAAGGAUCUUCGUCACCAGAGGUCUCUCUUCGCUUCAUCAAGGAGCAGUUCCUGCAGAACAAGCCUGGUCACAAGCAGCUGUACAUCCACAUCUCGUGCGCCGUGGACAUCAACCUCAUGCGUCACAUCCUGGCCAACGUCCUGGACAUCAUCAUGGAGAUCAACCUGCGCCGCACUCAGCUCCAGUAGCUUGCAGACUACAGCUGUCACGUGACCAUGCCCACCUUGCUAGACAGGGACCACAGCCGAACUUAACAGUGAAUGCGCUUGUAUCCUGAGGGUAAAGGGUAACUAGUCAGUGGACACUUGUUUACUUGUUGCUGUUCAUGACUACCAUGAGUAGCCAGAUAGCGAGUGCUAUUGUUACAGGCGCAGGGUAAUGUUACAAUCACUGCCGGCAUAUUUAGGACAACACUGACAAGAUUCCAGAUUCUUUAUUAAUUUGUCACCUCCUAAGAGUAUUGAGAUAUUAAAAAAAAAAUAGAAAGGGGGACAGCCAGUUACCAGGUGACUCACGAAUCUUGGUCAGAGUGGACAGCUCGUGCUUGUAGAACCCGCGUGUGACUCCUGCUCUCAGAGCCAUCUCACAUGUUGAGAGCGAUGCCUGCUGUCCUGAUCUUCAUGGUGUGACUGAAUACACAGUGAAUACACGCAGACUGAAUACACAGCAGUCCCAAAAUGCAGGAGCUUCGUCAUUACACGCAUCUGUAGUUCAUCUUGGACAUUAACAGGAGACGAGCCAUGUCCUUCAUCUCCUUCAGGAGACGAGCCAUGUCACAAUGCCACUCACAGGUGGACUGUGUCCUGGAUGCUUCUAAACCUAAUGAAAUACAGUCGCAGUCCAGCAAAGACAAUGGGCGGCCCGGGUGGGCAACGGUCAGCUCCUGUCCCCUGUACAGUGAGGGUUGGCUGUCCUGGGUUCGGCUCUCGUCUCAGCUACUCUGUUUUUUCUCUGCAUGUGGCAUCUGUUUACAGGGCUGGCUGCCUUGCCGUGGUAUAGUCUUAGUUACUGGCUCGGUGUAAAAACACCAAACUCCAUCCCCUCCCCGACGACAAAGAAAAUGUGUAAACAUGAAUCAGCGUCAGUUCUUUGUCUGCUUCAGUCAUAAAUUCCAGAAUGUGAAAAUGGAGAUGGUAUAAUGGACAAAGAAGAAAACUAAAUUAAUGACGACAUGCUUUGUACUAUGAAUGUACUAUAGUGUAUUGUGUGUUGCCUAUGAUGACCGGAGGAAAAUGUGACGACAGAUCCCACAUGAACUAACAGAAGCGAGUGAAGGCUAAAGCAUAAUACAAAGAAGUGGACAGACCCAGGUAUACAAAGAAGUAGACCAUCGUGCAGGUGUGUCUAUUAACGUCAGUUAAUUGUUACAGUUCCGUUGCUGGGGUUACAAAUAGUUGUCACCGAUGGUGGUCACGGCAGUAAGAUGUUGCCGUUUCUCUCAGUCCAUGAUGUUCGCCAGUCACUGCCAGAUCGUAUGAUGUAAGUACUGAGGCCACAUUACUGUUGUAAGCUGUUCCACAAAGAUGUGUUAGUGUGAAACUGCAGAUUGGUGAACUGUCUACUCAAAGAUACUCUUCCAGCGACUAAUUAGACAAGCGACAGAUGAAGUGACUGGUACCGUGUCUAGAGAGACUUGCAAUUGAACCACACGUCGACUGCAAUAUUUUUCAAUCUCCUAAUAGGAUAUUAAAACAAUUUUAAUAUGGCGUCUGUUAUGAUGCUCUGUGCAAAAGGCUUAGCUUUAGUUCUUCCGACCUGAGGUUGGACAGUUGGACUGAUGUUGGCAGACCAACACUUGUGUGUAUACAGUACAAUACUGCUGCAAGGUUAGUGUUCACUUCUGCCCCGACCUGUCACAUACUGUCAGUCAGCAAUCGGUCCUCAAACCUCUCAAUGAUUGUUUACACUGGACUAGAGGUGGGACCUCCUGAUACCUGUGACAAAGUGACCCAGCCCUGACCUGCCGGUGCUAGUGGACCCUCAAUAUCAAACCUCCAAGUGUCCACCUCCUCAAGUCUCGGUUAUGACUAACGGGUAUUUAGGGGAGAGAAGUAAAAUGACAUUUAGGAUUGGGUUUGAGCAGCUUUCGCUCAGCCUGUAAUUAAUUGGUCAGCAACGUGUAUGUUUAAGAUAAACUUGUACUUUGCCACGUGAUGUGAUGUGAGUUCCAUGUCCCAUAGGUUCUGGUCUACUGCUCAGUAGUUGGUUUGUUCUGUCUACGACCGAAAUUCAUAGCUUUCUGUUCUAUUCCACUUUUGAACAGGAAUUGUAUACAUAUAUAUCUCUCUCACAGGUGUAUCUUCAACAAGUAUUUUACCAAGCUUAUCUCGUAUUUCACAAGUGUUUCAUUGGCUUAUAGGUCCCAUAUCCCUGUGGCAUAGAGAUAAUGAACUGUGUGUGGUUCACCAUGCCUAGGGCGGAGCCUAACACCUGACUUCUUCCCUCUUUCUUGAAAGACCCGGUUCCCUUCAUGUCCGAAUGGAGAGCGGCAAUCACUGGCCUUGAACCUCAGUCUUCUUUACACUGACCACAUUGCUUAUCCUGUAGCUCACAGGUGUGGAAGGGACUAAUUAGAUCAUAGGUAUUUGUCAGGGUCUGUUAUACUCAAGUUAUCUUGUAUUCCACAGGUGUUCUAAUCAGGGAGUAUCAAAGACCAACCUGAAUGGUUUGUGCAAACAAGUCUUUAAAGUACUACGAUUAUCUUGAAGCUCAUGGGCGUUUCAUAAUGUUACCUCUGGUAGUUUGUGUUUGAACCAAACUCAUUAUCACUAUGAGUCAAGACAUGCACGCGUGUGAAGCAGUCCGAACGGUUGUUUGAGUCUGAAAGCCUGAGGUCUUAUUUACGUCCUUAGUAACCCAUGGUCUUAUUUUACAUCUCAAAGUGUCCCCCCGUUUUAAAUAGCGCAGGAUUCAUGUCUGAAGUAACCCAAAGGCAUGUCUGAAGUAGGAAAAACGAAACUUUCUCUCCCUCUGUCUCUUUACCAACGGGUGUUCCCACUGUCAAACCACAGGAUCACCAUGAUCCAGGUAUAAAGCAAUAUUUCAAAGCAUCGUCUACACAAAAGCUGUAAUGUACAAACGACAACAUGUUUGCAGCAGUUUCUGAACAAUUGUUAUAAUGUACAUAUGACAAUAUAUUUGAAGCAGUUUCGUGGAUUUUCGCCUCUAAACCUCAAGCGUUGUAGGAAGUGGACUCAGUGUCCUCUCUCUCCCUGCCUCUACCUUGAGUAGUUAUCCCUCCCCGACCCACAAGCAUGCUUACAGACUAGUCAUGUUCUCUAAUGAAACCUUUUAAAUGGUUAUUCUGAUUUUAAUAACAGUACCGUGCAAUUAAGACAGUCAUUUGGAACAAAUUUGCAUUCCGGUGAAUCAUUAUGUCGAUUAAUAUCAUUGAUGCCGUGUUUAUGCGCGAGGCUAAAUAGUUCCCGUACUUUGUCACAGUGUUAUAUAGCUUUGCUGCGUUGUUGUGUCUCAUUGCAUAUGAACUGUAGUGUCACAGAAAUGUCUGAGAAAGUCAUUAAACUGUUCUAGCAUUU